UCAAUUAGCUAUCCAUUUUUUUUAUAUAUACCAAUCAAUUCACAGAGAAAUAAAUUUGCAUAAAACUAAAAAAUUAAACUUUUACGAAAUAAAAGAAAAUUGGGUUUCAAAGAAAUAAAGUUGUAUAAAUUGAUUUGUGUAUAAAGGGAUCAUUUGGUAAAAUGGGUCAGGCAUUUCGUCGAGCAACAGGAAGGAUCGGAAGUUCUACUGUCGAUGCGGCGUCAUCGCAACUGAAGAAAUCUAUCGACCGGAGACCCCCGCCGGUGAAUAAAAUUCCUGCCGAUAAUGUUGGUCCAGUUGCCGAGAGCAGCCCAAAGGUUGCUGUUAAAAACACUGUGGAAGAGAAAGAUCCCAAGUUCGAUGCAAUGCUUAGUCAAAUGGUUGGUAGAAUUCAAGCCAAGCCUGGUGGAAAGCUAGAGAUGGGUGAGGCAACAGUGGUGGAGAGGUCUGAUAGACCCUUGCCUAAGCUAAGGAAUAUAACUUCACAGUCUAGCAGAUAUGAGGAAAGGCCUACUCCUACAGGUACGCUGAAUGUGGCACAGAUAAAAGAAAUUAUACUACUGCAUCAAGGCAGAUCCGAUGAUCAUAAAGGACCUAUGGAUAUCAAUGAAAUUUCUGAGCGGUUUCGAGUUGAUGCUGCCCAGAUUCAGAUGAUUCUGCAGUUCGUAUCUUUGCCUCCGGAAGACACUAGUAAAAUGAGGAACACAUAAGUGUGUGUAUCAUAUUUUAUAGUCAUUGAUAUCUCAAAGAAAUGAGUGAGUUCACACUUGCCCUGAGGUGAUUCCCUUUAUGCAUCAAUUUUGCAGCUGUAAGUUGGUCUGUUGUAAUAAUGACCUAUCAUCAUGGUCCUGGAGAGAAAAUGAAUACACUAAACUGAUCCUAAUGAUGUUUGUUGCACUAGAAGAGAACCUUUUUUUUUC